AUGACAGUGGAAGUGGAGAAGUCCUCUAUCCCUGGAGUACAUGAGGGCCAUCUCCGCCUGAGUGAUCCCAGUAACUCUGCCUGCGACCUGCAACGCCUCUCCAACAGCACCCACAUCAUCGGAGUCAUCCCCCUCAAUGCCCGUGGGACUCAGAUAGAGGAGGAUGAUGACAACCUCCUCUUCAAGAACAAAAUCACCACCUUCGACAACCCCAAUGACAUCAUCACCAGGCACCACCAGGUGGAGAUUCAAUUCUACUGCCAGUACGCCAAACGUGGCAAUGUGAGCCUGGGCUUCAGCGCACACAGGGAGAGCAUCACAGUCGUGGAGAAAGGCUUUGGUAUGUUCACCUACCAGUUUGAGUUCUACUAGACGAGUGAGUUCACCAGUGUGGUGGAUCCCCGUGACUACCCAUUAUACGUGGUGGUGAAGCAGAUAAUCUACAUGGACAUCGAGGCCACAACCACCGUGAACAACACAGAGAUCUUCGUGGAGUCUUGCAGAGCGGCGCCAUAUGACAACGCCAACGACCACCCCACCAUAGAAAACGGGUGCACUGUGGAUCUGACUGUUCAAAUCUUCUCACCCCGUCACAAGAGACAUUUCCGGUUAAGAAUGGAAGCUUUCAAAUUCAUCGGACUGCACGACCAGGUGUACAUCAGCUGUUCAGUGAUUCUGUGUGAGGCUGGGAACCCCAACACCCGGUGCGCCCAGGGCUGCAUCAACUCCACCUCACCCCAGUCUGCUGAUCACCACCACCGUAAGAGAGAUGCCUCCAUGCAAACGGCCAGGCAUCACAUUUCCCAGGGUCCUUUGUGCCUGAUAAAGACUUCUGAGAGCUCAGGUAACACUUACCUUGAGGUGACCAACAUGAACAUGGUGUUCAUGGCUCGAUGUUUCCUAGCAGCCAUUGCCAUGGUGUGUGGCUUUGUCCUCUACAAGGCCAAAGCAACAGGGGUUGAAUAUCAGCCCCUGCCAACAUUUGAAACUUAG